GCAGUCCGCUCGGAGCGCCGGAGCGAGUCGGGAACGGGCGGUCGUGCCCUGCCGAUCCAGUCCUGUCCUCGUUGCUGGGCAGUGCAGUCGUGUCCGGUGGAGCGGAGUUACUACUGUGAAUGUGUUGUGUGUUGUGCCGCUUGUGAGUGAGAUAAAAAAAAGAUCUGUUCUUUAUUGUCCAUGUGAGGAAUGGCGCUCGCCAGGUUAGUGCUGUAGUAUUGUUGGAACGUUUGUGUUAAGAAAGUUAUGGCAUUGGACUGUGGACUGUGUCCUGUAUUGAACCGAUCCGUGCUGUUCUACAAGAGGCGGAGGUUGCCGGUGGUGAGCGAUUGUGCGCCGCAGUCGGGGCGGGUCAGCUCCAACCACUCCAGCAUGGCCGUGUCGCGGGUGCCCAGCCCGCCUCCGCCCGAGGUCAACAUGCCCGUCGCGGAGAACUGGUGCUACACGCAGGUAAAAGUGGUGAAAUUCAGUUACAUGUGGACAAUCAACAACUUCAGUUUUUGCAGAGAAGAAAUGGGCGAAGUUUUGAAGUCGUCCACCUUUUCUGCUGGUUCAAACGAUAAACUGAAAUGGUGUUUACGAGUCAACCCUAAAGGUCUGGAUGAAGAGAGCAAAGACUAUCUCUCCCUCUAUCUUUUGCUAGUCUCAUGCAACAAGUCUGAAGUCAGGGCAAAGUUCAAGUUUUCCAUUCUUAAUGCCAAAAGAGAAGAAACCAAAGCUAUGGAAAGCCAACGAGCAUACAGAUUCGUUCAAGGCAAGGACUGGGGCUUCAAGAAGUUUAUUCGCAGAGACUUCCUCCUAGAUGAAGCAAAUGGUUUACUACCUGACGACAAGCUGACAAUAUUUUGUGAGGUCAGUGUUGUGGCUGACAGCGUCAACAUCUCGGGCCAGUCAAAUGGUAUACAGUUCAAAGUUCCCGAGUGCCACCUGUCCGACGAUCUGGGAGUGCUGUUCGAGAACCAGAAGUUCAGCGACGUCACGCUGUCUGUGAGCGGGAGAGAAUUUCAAGCCCACAAAGCCAUUCUUGCUGCUCGCAGUCCAGUAUUUGCAGCCAUGUUCGAGCACGAAAUGGAGGAAAGAAAACACAACAGGGUGGAGAUAACGGAUGUCGACCACGAAGUAUUACGAGAAAUGCUUAGAUUUAUCUACACAGGCAAGGCACCCAACCUGGAUAAGAUGGCAGAUGACCUGUUGGCCGCUGCUGACAAGUACGCGCUGGAGAGGUUAAAAGUGAUGUGCGAGGAAGCGCUCUGCACGAACCUGUCGAUCGAGAAUGCUGCGGACAUCCUGAUCUUGGCCGACCUCCACAGCGCCGACCAGUUGAAGGCCCAAGCCAUAGACUUCAUCAACACGCACGCCACGGACGUGAUGGAGACGGCGGGCUUCAAGUCGAUGGUACAGUCGCACCCGCACCUGAUAGCGGAAGCGUUCCGCGCGCUGGCCACGCAGCAGAUCCCGCCCAUCGGGCCGCCGCGCAAGCGCAUGAAGCAGAGCUGAAAGCAGAGCGGCACGACGAGUGCACAACAUGCCACGGGCUCGUCGUGAGGCGUCGCGUCGAGUUCGUGCAGCGUGGGGGACUUCCCUCGUCAGGGAUGGACUGCAGUUUUCUUUCAUACCUCAGAAAGUAUUCUUGAAUGUUAAAAAGUGAAGCAGAACCUUGUUGCUACAAGAAGGCGGAGUUGCUACCUUAAGUUGUUUCGUGCCCCUCCCACUAAAUAAAAUUGAGCAUUCGAAUGUUCAAAUGAGAAAAAAAGUGAUGUAGCUUUUUGUCCCCUCUUUACCAGUAGUAUGACUAAAAAUACAAGUGAAUUUUUUUUAAUACUACCAAGAAGAUGUUAAUCUUGAUUUUGGAGAUGUGGAUUUGUGUUUAUUUCACCCACCAAGAGAGAACUUUCAAUGAAAACUCAGUGUUCAAAUAAUUCUUGUACAAGAAGUAAACUUUUUGGAUGCUGACCUCUACAUUCGUGCACUUUGUUUUAAUUUAUUAUGCUGUCUCAUGCAGGGGAAAGGCAACCAUAAACAUGACUUGUAGAGCACCACACACCUCAUUGAAUAAACUUAUAUUUCCUGCUGUUGAGAUUAUACCUUUCAAUGCUUGCAAACAUGUUACUGCCAGCAAAACAAAACAAUAAAUUUUAGGAAGGGCAUAAUUUUUUUGUGACCAUGAUUUUUAAAUCUUGAGUAUGUCAAUGUUUUCUCCCUGAAUUCUUAAUGUUUUAAUUGCCGCCUGUCCAAUAUUUUGAUUUGUUUAGAAGAAAGUUGGUUCUACAGCAGUCCAAUACCUACCUCAGCACACUAGCCAAAGUUUUCAGUCCAUUGUUUCUCGGUGGGGAUAUCUGUCUCCUUAAAAUGUGUUUGAAAAAUUCCCAUAUUUGUUCACUUAUUUGUUGUUCCUUUGUGUAUGUUGAAGAAACACUUUCUUGGUCUGUUUAUUUUGUGAACUUGAGUUAAGACCAAAGAGAACAUUGUAAGCAUAAAAUGUUUUUUAUCCUUGAUGUUUGUGUGGAUAUAUCACUUUGUUAGCUGUUCAGAUGCGACAAACUUUCAUGUCCAUUUAUUACACAGAUGUGUGUUAUUUGACAAUUGAUUUAAUUAUAAUUCAUAGAAUAUUAUUUCAGUAUUUCUUUGAUAAAAUUUUAUUUUAAAAUCUAAUUUUUUUAAUGAACGAAAUCAGAGAGAUAAGUUUAUUUGCGGCAUACACAUCUACAUCGGUCAUGAUUUUUCCCAAGCAUGUACAUUAAGUUUCAAGUGUGAGUAUACCAUUAUUAUGUGACACAGUUGUAAUUUAAUAACUAACUUGGUCUCAGAAGCUGAAAUGUCAAGGUUGAAAAAUUUCCUUUUCUUUCUCUUCCAAGUGUACAUUGUAUUUUUUGUAGUUGGCAUAGCUUGCUAGAAAACACUGCAACUGUUAGUUUUUUAAUGUUUGAAUUGAUCUCCUAAGUUGUUUGUGUUCAUGUACUGUGUUAGUAGUUUUAUUUGUGUGGUAGUGAUAGUAAAAUAGCUCUGUGUACAUUCAUUGUAACUACAUUGCACAUUCAUUAAAUUAUCCUUGUUUCAUGUUUCUGCAGUAAGUUUUAAGUUGUGUAAUUGUUUUGGAUAUUUUUUGCAUUAAAAAUGGGUUUGCAAUAGUGAGCUAAGAUGAAAAUGCACUACAGCAUUGAAUAUUGUGGUAUUAGUGGGGUUUGUAAAUGAACAAUUCUUAAAUACUUUUCUUUUGGAAAAUGGCAGGGAGUUGUAAUCAUAUAACUUUGUGACUGACCAAACCAGUUUCAUAAAUGCAGAACAUUUUUCACAAUAAAUCGUGAGACCCAUGCUCACAUUCUUGUGUGUACAUGUAUGAGUAUUUCCCCCUUGUAUUAUGCAUUAAUGCAAACACAACACAUUUUCCACAUGUUGCAAUUUUUGAGUUCAGUUCGAUGAGUCACAAAAACAGCAUUUAGUUGUACUACAGUAGUUCAGUAUUCAUUUUCUUUAUUGUUCCUGAAAUUGUGUUUUUGUACACUUUUUUCAAGUUUUAAUAUAAUGCUGUGAUGUUAUCCAGCUUUGCUUGAAAUGUCUGUUUCAUUAAGAAUACAGAAUUUUUGUUAAAAAAAAAAUAUCCAAAGCACAGUGCACUUAAGCCUUAAAAUGUUUUCCUGAUUGGUUUGUGUCUGAAACGUGUGGCUGAUGUACAAAUGGCCACCAGUUUGUCAGGUGUUGUAAGUGGGUGAUGCCCACAUUUGCCAUACAUGCUCUGUGAUAUCAGGUUCUAAUUUAAGUUGUCAUUUUCAAGUCAGGAAAUGUUAAUGUCCCACCUUAACUGUAAGGAGCAUGGAUUUUUUUUUUUUUUUAGAUUUAGCAAACUGCGACAUCUUGUAUGUAGUUCUAUGCCGAUGUUUACAAAUUUUAUGAUUGAUGCUUAUGUGUAUUCAGCUCAUGGUAAUAUUGAGUCAAGUAUUGUAAUAAACAUAGUAUCAACAUAA